AUGGAUGUUACGCCAGGACCAGAGCCUCGAGACGGUCCGGUAUAUCCAAUUGGUUCAGGAUCCCAAAUCGGCAGUGGCUAUGGUGGCGUUGGUGCUGGCGGUGGUGUUGGUGCUGGCGGUGGUGUUGGUGCUGGCGGUGGUGUUGGUGCUGGCGUUGGUGGUGGCGUUGGUGGUGGCGGUGGUGUUGGUGGUGGCGGUGGUGUUGGUGGUGGUGGUGGUGGUGGCGGUGGCAGUGGCGGUGGUGGCAGAGGUAGAGGCGAUGCCGGUGGUGCCGGUGGCGCUGCUGAUACUGUUGAUGUUGAUGCUGGUAACGCGGACGAUGCCAUUAGCAGUGCUCCGAUGGAUCUGUCCGGCCACCAAUUUGGAGGCGAAUCUAACGAGGCCUUUUUGUUGAAACCAGGCGCGGCGACAGUAACUUUUGAGGCGCCUCAAAACGCGGCGACAGUAACUUUUGAGGCGCCUCAAAACGCGGCGACAGUCACCCGGAGCCUCACCGUUCCUCUGCAGCACGACCUGUCUCUCGGGCUGAAUCGGCCGGUCGGGUUCGGGUCCCUCUCAUGGCCACGAUCCGCCUCAGCUGCUGCUGCUGCUCCAGCAGCCUACGCCAGCGCUGCUGCUGCUGCUGGUGGCAAUGCUGCUGGUGGCAAUGCUGGUGAUAAUCAUGCUGUUGAUGGGAAGCAUGUCACGGGUGUCCCAGCUUCUCUCGUCGGGACCACCACUGUAGUCGGCUGGCCCGCCCCUGCCCCGUCUGCUCCUGUUGCUGGUGAUGGCAAUGCUGCUGGUGGCUAUCCUGCUGAUGGAAAUGCUGUUGAUGGGAAGCAAUUCAAGGGUGCCCCAGCUUUUCUCCUCGGCACCACCACUGUAGUCCCCUGGCCCAGCCCGGCCCCGUCUGUUGCUGUUGCUGAUUGGUCAGCCUCACAGGCUGGUGCAUCUGCUGCUGCGGCUAAUCCGACAGGUGUUUUUGAGAGUAUAAAAAAACCAUCCUCGCAGGGUGGUGUGUCUGCUGCUGUGGCUGACCUGACAGGUGUGGUGCACAGAUUGCCAUCCAGUGAGAAAAUUCCCUUGACGUCCUUUCAAACCUCUCAAGCCACUCAGGCCUCUCAUCCCACUCAGGUCUCUCAGACCUCACAGACCUCUCAUGCCUUUCAGGCCUCUCAAGGCCCGCACGCGCACCUGAAAGGCUUUGACACUAUCCCUCCUCCGGCCAUGCACGCUCCAGGCGUGCACACUCCAGCCAUAGACGCUCUCGGCAUGCACGUUCCACGCUUCCACGCUCCUUCCCCUCCUCUCACCCCUGCCGCACCGCCUCCCUCUGCUACCAACACUGCAUCCCCGCCCGUGCAUGCAUCCUCAUUCUCCGAUCCCACAGCCAUUCUCCACUCCUCCUCGCUCUCGCCUCCCAUUCCCGUCAUGGUCCAUGCUGCCACUGUAGCAUCCUUGGUAGGCCCCUCCUUGCCUACCCUCGAGCAACAACAUCUCUGGCAGCGUUCCCGGCUGCUUGCACAAGGGCUCGAUCCGGCCGGCGGAAGCGGCAGCAGCUGGGGCGCUGGGAGUGCUCGGCAGCAGCUGCAAGCUACAGAGGGGUCUUACCAGCCGAAGCAGGCAGACAAAGAGGCAGCAGCAUCGGCAUCGGCAGCGGCUUUUUCGGCAGCGCUUAUGCGAACCACCAGAGGGUUUUCGUCGUUGAAUACGCAUGUGCCUGAGAGACCGGACACACUGCAUGCUGCAGGUCCGGCAGCAGGUUCGGCGAUUUCCACAGGCGGGUUGGUAGGGGAGGAGAGGGGUUCGGCCGGACCUAUGGCUGGACCGGCGGCACUGCUGACAGAAACCCUUCAGGGGGUUCCGCCGUCCGUUUUAACGUCGUCAAAACGAUCCGUCGUGCUCGUGCUCGAUUUCGGAUCGCAGUACACUCAGCUAAUCACGCGCCGCAUUCGCGAGCUCGGAGUCUACUCCGUCAGCCUGCCGGCCGGCGUGCCGCUAGAUCAGAUCCAGGCCGUCCAUCCGACGAUCAUCGUUCUCUCCGGUGGGCCGAACUCCGUACACGAGGAAGGUUCGCCGACGGUUCCCGCGGGUUUUUUCGACUACGCGAUAGAGAAGGGUAUUACGGUUCUUGGGAUCUGCUACGGCAUGCAGCUGAUCGUGAAGACGUUGGGUGGUGACGUGGCACGAGCCGAGGCGCAGGAGUACGGACGGAUGGAUAUCGUGGCGGAUUGUGAUUCGGCGCUCUUUGGCGGGAGCGACGCGGGAGGCGAGGAACCUGAGAAGAAGAAGGCGAAGAAUGAAUCGCGACAGACGGUGUGGAUGAGCCAUGGAGACGAGGCGACGAAGCUUCCAGAGGGGUUCAAAGUGGUGGCGCGCAGCGAUCAGGGCACGGUGGUGGCGAUUGAGUGCACGACACGCAAGAUAUUCGGCCUGCAAUACCACCCUGAGGUGACCCACACCCCCAGGGGCAUGGAGACCCUUCACCGUGUGGUCUUUGACAUCGGGGGCGCGCACGCUGAUUGGCAGAUGCAGGAGGUUCUGGAUGAGGCGAUCUCAGCCGUCCAAGCGGCAGUGGGGCCGGUGAAGCAUGCGGUGUGUGCCCUGUCGGGCGGCGUUGACUCGACUGUAGCGGCCACGCUGGUGCACAGGGCGAUUGGGGACCGCCUGCACUGCAUUUUUGUCGACAAUGGGCUGCUGCGGUUCCAGGAGCAGCAGCGGGUGAUGGCAAUGUUUGAGGCAGACCUGCAUCUGCCAGUCACCUGUGUGGACGCGUCUGAUCGCUUCCUCUCCAAGCUCAGGGGCGUCACGGACCCCGAGAGGAAGAGGCGCAUCAUCGGGGCGGAGUUCAUUGGCGUGUUUGAUGAUUUUGCGAGUGAACUGGAGGCGAAAUUGGGCCACCGACCCGAGUGCCUGGUGCAAGAGGUAGAGGCGCAUCUGCCAGUCACCUGUGUGGACGCGUCUGAUCGCUUCCUCUCCAAGCUCAGGGGCGUCACGGACCCCGAGAGGCGCAUCAUCGGGGCGGAGUUCAUUGGCGUGUUUGAUGAUUUUGCGAGUGAACUGGAGGCGAAGCUGGGGCACCUACCAGAGUCCCCGGUGCAAGGUACACUGUAUCCGGACGUAAUUGAGUCGUGCCCGCCGCCUGGCAGUGGGAAGAAGCACUCGCACACCAUCAAGAGCCACCACAACGUGGGUGGUUUACCCGAGAAUAUGCGCUUUACCCUCGUGGAGCCCCUCAAGUGGCUGUUCAAGGAUGAGGUGAGGGAGGGCGCAGGGAAAAAUAGGAGAGGUGGGUGGGUUGGUUCAUUUGAGAAUAUGUCGUUUACCCUCGUGGAGCCCCUCAAAUGGCCGUUCCAGGACGAGGUGAAGGGGAGGAGGAGAGCAAAAAGGGGGUCCGGGAGGGAAGGAGUGGAGCGGGUGGUGGCGGAGGGGUGUGGGGUGUUAAGCUUUUUCUACUUCAGUAACCGUCACCUGCUCUCACCUUCCCCUUUCCUCCCUCACUCACCCAUCUCCUGCUUCCACCUCUUCCCUCCUCUUCCCUCGUCUUCCCUCCUCUUCCCCUUCGCCCCCUCCCAGGUGCGCAAGAUUGGAGCUCUCCUCAACGUCCCCGCCUCCUUCCUCUCCCGCCACCCCUUCCCCGGACCUGGCCUUGCGGUUCGGGUGCUGGGGGACGUGUGUGCGGACGGGGCACUGGACACCAUCCGCCAGGUGGAUGAGAUGUUCAUCAAACGGUAUCAAGGAGGCCGGGCUGUACGACCAGAUCUGACAAUAAUUGAGCGUAUCCCCCUCUUGCUGUUCCCCUCUCUUUUCCCUGUUCCCCUCUCUUUUCCCUGUUCCCCUCUCUUUUCCCUGUUCCCCUCUCUUUUCCCUGUGGAUGAGAUCUUCAUUAAUGCAAUCAAGGAGGCCGGCCUGUACGAUCAGAUCUGGCAGGCGUUUGCCGUCUUCUUGCCGGUGCGGUCGGUGGGAGUGCAGGGGGACCGGCGCACCCACUCCCAUGUGGUGGCUUUGAGGGCCAUCACCAGCCAAGACGGCAUGACAGCAGACUGGUGA